UCCAAUAUGGUUGAUUUGAUUGACAGAAAAUAGAAUAGAAUGGAAGAGAAUAGAACAGUUGUUGGUAUUUUUGUAUACCUGCAAGGUAAUUCAAGAAAACAAUAAGGGGACUAGAUACCUGGCGGAUGUACAGGUUUAACCAAUUGCAUUUAUGUAACGUAUCGAUUGGGAGUUGUUUUGAAUCGGAGAGCAUAAAUUUCUAUGAACUCGAAAAGCGAAACUGACGAAGCUUCAAGGGGGAGCGAAGCAUCAUCGUCAAAAAACCAAACCCCGAAUAACAGUGAGGAGGAAGGUACGUCCAGUUUAUGCCCUGGCACAGUAACCAACCGUUCUCAAGACAUUAUGAAGCGCGCUGCCGCUAGACAGCUGAUCGAGAGGUACUUCUAUCAGCUUCUGGAUGGUUGUGGCAAUGCUAACUGUGACAAUCAGUACUGUGCAUCAAGUGGAGAGGCCAGGAAUCUAUCACCAAAUGAGGCAGCUGCAGAGGCCAUAAAACUGUUUUACAAAGAGGCCCGACUAUGUGACACACUGCCCAACAAAGUUCCUCGCACAGAGGCCAGUGGCUGUGAUUCUAGUGCUAGCACAACAUGUAACACAUCAAGUGUGAAAGACAAAGAUGACAACAAGAGCAAGGAGGCCCAGCCUUCGAGCACGACGGUAGCAAAGGAGAGCACCUCCAAGGAGGAGGAACCACAAACUAGUCAUAAUAUAUCUCACCAAGAGGAGUCCAAAACUCGUAGUCAUAACAAUGGUGCCCCGUUAACGGAGGAGCGUAUGUAUGAGCUGUGUGAAGAGUGCUUGCAGACUAAAGUCAGGCAGCCGUUGAUCAGAGCUCUAGGGGAAGCGUUUACACAACCAGCCAUACUAGCCAGGUGUUUUGCCAGCAAGGUGGUCGAAAAUAUCGACGAAGAUGGGAAGAUGAUCGAAGAUAAGGAAUCAAAAGCAAUGUGUUUAUCAAGUGAUCCGGACAAGGAUGUGGACAGUGUUGCGGGGCCCGAGUUAGACGUGCUUGCGUGUCGUAGAGCCUUUCAGUACCUUGCCAAAGUGCCAUCAGAAUACUACAGUUCCGCCCUAGUGACGUCACUGAAGGCUUUAGCAGACAACAUGUGCAUAGAUUUGCGGCUGACAAAGAAAAUGAGCAUGGAGGAUGCAGUCAAUUGUUUUGUUAUAGCUUUCGAAGUACCCGAUCUUGGAUGCAGUGAUUAUUUAGAGAUAGCCCUGCCGGCCUUGUGUUUGGCUGCUGAUCAUUUGACGCUUAAAGGUAAAGCUCGUUUAGCCCGCAUAUGGGCGCAGCACUGCAAGGACAGUCUACGUCACAUCCUGGAGACACUACAACAGCUCAUCACACUACGAGUCAUUUCUACUAAUUACACGAGGCAGUUUCAAGUGCAAGAGGACGAAGUUGUUACGCUCGCUACUAAGUUUAUGAAGAUAGUAUACUACGCGAACAUGUUAGCGGGUGUGAUGGAGCCAAACAAUCUUCGCGAAGAGCCCAUAGUGAUCACAAGCCAACAGGACCCCUUGGAAAAUGUACUGGGUCAUUUAUACCCACCUACAUCUAUGAAGGCCUCGAAGAAUAUGCAGCCUGAUGACCCCUUAGCCAUUGAAUUAGAUAUAAAUGUAUUAGACGCUAGAAAGCCAUACCUGCCAUUUGAGGAAUUUUACAACGAACCUCUUAGUGAUACUAUUGAAAUGGAUAUAGACUUUGGUAAUUUUAAGACGGAAAUAAGUAAAGGUAAAAAAUUCGCCUUCCUCCGCUACCCCUUCAUCCUCACCGUAGCGACGAAGUCCUUAGGCCUGUACUACGAGAACCGCAUCCGCAUGUACUCGGAGCGGCGCGUGUCGCUGCUGCACGCCGUGGUGGGCGCGGCGCCGCCCAUGCCCUUCCUGCGCCUCAAAGUUAGGAGGACGCAUAUUAUUGAUGACGCGCUGGUUGGGUUGGAAAUGGUAGCCAUGGAGAGGGCGUUAGAUCUCAAGAAGCAGCUCGUGGUAGAGUUCGAAGGCGAACAGGGCGUGGACGAGGGAGGCGUCUCCAAGGAGUUCUUCCAGCUCAUUGUGGAGGAAAUAUUCAACCCCGACUAUGGCAUGUUCACGCAGCAUCCGGAUUCACUCACCGUGUGGUUCAACAUGACCUCAUUUGAAACAGAAGCGCAGUUCACGUUAAUCGGCAUAGUACUAGGCCUCGCGAUAUACAACAAUGUUAUUCUAGCCGUCAACUUCCCCAUGGUUGUGUAUAGAAAGCUUAUGGGAAAGAAGGGCUCUUUCGAAGAUUUGGCAGAUUGGAAUCCUACGCUUUAUAACGGUCUAAAAGACAUGUUAGAGUAUACAGGCAGUGAUCUAGAAGAAAUAUAUUACCAGACGUUCAGGAUUUGUUAUCAAGAUGUGUUCGGAAACGCCAUAUUCCAUGAUCUCAAAGAGAAUGGAGAUGACAUAUUUGUUACACAGGAAAAUAAAAGGGAAUUCGUAGAGCUGUACGCGGAUUUCCUGCUGAACGAGUCAGUGGAGACGCAGUUCCGCGCGUUCCGUCGCGGCUUCCUCAUGGUGACGGACGAGAGCCCGCUCGCCGCGCUCUUCCGACCUGAAGAGGUGGAAAUGCUCGUCUGCGGCAGCAAGAACUUCGAUUUCAACGAGCUAGAGAAAUCGACGGAAUACGACGGCGGAUACACGGCGGAGUCUCAAACGAUAAAGGAUUUCUGGAGUAUCGUGCACAGCUUGUCGCUGGACGACAAACGAAAGCUCCUACAGUUCACCACCGGCUCCGACAGAGUUCCCGUCGGGGGGUUAAGUCAUCUUAAACUUGUUAUAGCAAGAAAUGGCCCCGACUGCGACCGCCUACCCACUGCCCAUACAUGCUUCAACGUCCUACUGCUACCCGAGUACGAGACCAAGGACAAACUACAAGACAGACUGAUGAAAGCAAUAAGUUACUCGAAAGGCUUCGGAAUGCUUUAAAGCGCUUAGACGACGUUGAACAAACAUUUGUUGUAAAUGAACCGUACGGUCUUUGUAACAUUAAUAAAUGAAGUUUGUUUUAUUUAUACACUUAA